ACUGCAGACUCCUUUGGGAUUACGUCUAUCAGUUGCUCUCCGACAGCCGGUACGAAAAUUUCAUCCGAUGGGAGGACAGAGAUUCCAAAAUAUUUCGGAUAGUGGACCCAAAUGGGCUGGCCCGGCUAUGGGGAAACCAUAAGAACCGAACAAACAUGACCUAUGAGAAAAUGUCCCGUGCCCUGCGCCACUACUACAAAUUAAAUAUUAUCAGAAAGGAGCCAGGACAAAGACUUUUGUUCAG